AUGGACGCGAUGGAGCCAGAGCCUCUGCAGCCUGAGGUGCUGGACGAGGAUGGUGAUGUUGACAUGCAUGCUGAAACGAAUGCAUCCUUCUCUUGGGCACGUGAUGCGCCACCGGUGCAAGGAGCUUUCCGACUUCGCUGCGGCCACACUUAUCACAUGACCUGCUUGCGCACAUGGUUUCAGCAGAAAACCAGAUGCCCAAGCUGUCAGCAAGAGUUUGGAAAGGUAGUGGGGAAGCAGCCUCGUCUCGGAACCUUCAGCUGGCAUUGUGAGAACUUCACACUCCCUGGGCACCCAGACGCUGUCAAGACCAUCGUCAUACAGUUUAUGUUCCCGGAGGGCAUCGACGAUGAAGGGAAAAGCUACGCAGGCAGAAAGCCCAAAGGAUAUCUUCCAUGCAAUGCGCAGGGAAUCAUCUUACUGGAGCUCUUCAAGGUAGCUUUCCGACGGCGUGUCAUGUUCGGCAUGGGCGAGUCCAUGACGUUCAGCUCGUACCGUCCGACGUUCAACAUCCACAUCAAGACCAGCUCUUCGGGAGGAGAGACCAAGCACGGUUAUCCAGAUGAGACUUACUUCCAGAGGUCCCUGCGCGAGCUCAAAGCGAAUGGAGUCAUUUUGCUCACCCAUCUUCACGGAGAUCACUGCUAUGGACUGUUUGGUUUGUUGCAGACGGCUGCUCUCGAGGGUCGCAAGGACCCGCUACUGAUAGUGGGCCCUCAGGGGCUUCGUACCAUGGUGGAGACUGUUCUCCUGUCUUCUGGAGGUUGGUACUCAGAGGAGUCUUUCCAGAUCAACUACUUGGAGAUACCAAAUACUGGAACGCCAGGUGGUGAAAGUCUGGUGGGACCCUUUGGAUCAGGUCCCCGAGGCUUGGGUUUCCAUCCAGAUCGCUGUCGGCAUGCUGCAGCUGUUCAACUCGGGGUCUUAGCGGGUCUCCGCAUACAAGCAGUGCCGCUUGUUCAUGGAUUGCCUGAUUGGGGAUAUGUGCUGACAGAGCCGGACCGCCCCGGUAAGCUGAAUGCUGCCAAGGCUUUGGAGCUCGGAAUCCCUGCAAAAAGCAGAAUGCUGGGACAGCUCAAACAAGGGCAAACAGUGCGGCUGGACGACGGUUCGAUGGUCUCCCCCGCACAGGUUCUGGGCCCGACAAUUCCGGGUCGAACCGUGGCAAUCUUGCAGGACACUUCCGAUGCUUCAGCUGCAAUUGAGCCUUGUCGUGGAGCUGCCUGUGUCGUCCAUGAAGCCACCUUUGAAGAUGGCAUGGAGACGGAGGCCAUAGGGAAGGGCCACAGCACGAGCACUAUGGCAGCCCGCUUCGCCGCAUCGUGUCAAGC